UCGUUCUCUCAGACUCAGAUGAUAACAUUAGUUUCAUUUUCUUGUGUCGUGUCCAGAAACCAAAAUUAAAUAAAAUAUAUACGGAUAAUAAUCUCUAAUAACAGAGAGUUUGCUGCUUUAGGGUUCUUCUCGAUUCGUAGUUAACAACUCUCCAUUGAUUACUCCUUCGGUGAUGAACGAGGAUGCUCAGAUUGCUCAACAAACGGAUUCGAUUCAGGAUCCUAAGGUAACAGCAACUCCUAAAGAUUCUGGUGUUGUUGAUUCGAGCGGCGAAGCCAUUAAUGAUGAUGAUGAUGAUGGUGAUGCUGCAGCUUCCUUGCCCAUGGAGCUCGAUUCGGCGGUUACAAAUGAUGCUAGGGUUUCCGAGAGUGAGAGAUCGGAGAAAGAUGGUCUCAUAGGGAGUGAGGGAAAUGAUAUUAAAAGCGAGGAUGUUUUAACUGAUAAGGAUGGUGAUGAUGAUAGCUCUGAGCUUAGAGAAGAUGAAAACGAAGAAGAAGAUGAUCAGUCUAGUGAGCUUGGCUCCGACGCUGAUGAGAAGAAACUGGAUUUGGAGAAGCGAGGAGUUACGGAUUACAAGUCUCUCUUAUCUGAGUUCGAUGACUAUGUUGCGAGUGAGAAAAUGGGUUCUGGUGUGUCGAGGGCAUUGAGUUAUGGGUUUGAAGUAGGUGAUUUGGUUUGGGGAAAGGUAAAGUCUCAUCCUUGGUGGCCUGGUCAUAUAUUCAAUGAAGCUUUUGCGUCUCCUUCUGUUCGUCGUAUGAGGAGGAUUGACCAUGUUCUUGUUGCCUUUUUUGGGGAUAGUAGUUAUGGUUGGUUUGAUCCUGCUGAGCUUAUUCCCUUUGAACCCAAUCUAGAGGAGAAAUCUCAGCAGACUGUUUCUAAGCAUUUUGUCAAGGCUGUGGAGGAAGCCAUGGAUGAGGCGUGUAGAAGGUCAGCUCUUGGGUUGACUUGUAAAUGUCGGAAUCCUUAUAACUUCAGGCCUAGUCACGUUGAAGAUUAUUUCGCUGUUGAUGUGCCUGAUUACGAGCUUCAAGCCGUUUACUCUGCUUACCAGAUUAUGAAUUCUAGGGAUAAGUUUUCACCCGUUGAAGCCCUUUCGUUUGUGAAGCAAUUGGCAAUAGCACCUCGAGAGUGUGAUUCAGACGGUCUUGAGUUUAUGAAGAAGAAAGCAGUAGUUUGUGCUUUCCGCAAGGCUGUAUUCGAGGAGUUUGAUGAAACCUAUGCACAGGCCUUUGGGACGAAAUCUGCGCGUACUUCAAUGAGCACUCUUGAACCUCAUAAUAGAGCACCGCCUCGAGCUCCCUUGAGUGGCCCACUGGUCAUAGCAGAAACGCUAGGUGACCUGAAGAGUUCUAAAAAACCCACAAAGAUUAAGGACUCUAAGAAGCAAGACAAAUAUCUUCUCAAACGAAGGGAUGAAGCUGGUGAUAAGUCUGUUCUAUUUGGCCAAGGUGAAGCAAGUUCAGCAGCUUCUCACAUCCAUGGAUUUGAUGGACCUUUGGACGGGGAUUUGGUGCUGCAGAGAAGAGCUCCAACGCUUCAAACUCCAAUGAAAGAUGAGCAGUCUGGGAUUGUCAGCAUGGAUUUUACCUCUUCAAGUGCAGCUAUUCCUGGUAAAGAAUGUUCAGUUUCAAAGCUUCCUCGUGAUGAAGAAAAGGGUUUAGCUGAAGAAUCAAGGGAGAAAAUGGUAGAAAGAACUGCUCUACCUCCAGAGCAUGGGAAAUCUGAAGCUAUGGUGAGUCUUAAAGAAGAGGCUGAAACCGAUCUAAAAUCAGCUGGAAGCUCUCUCCAGCCCCUGCUUGAGUCUCAUACUUCAGCAUCAAAAGGGAAGAAUUCCACAGGGUCUGUACUCAAGAAAGUGAAAGUUGCCAAACGAUCUUCAACUGAAAUGGGCUUGGAGAAUUCUUCUUCAGAGCCAAAAAAGAAAAAGAAAAAGAAGAAAGAGCCUGAGUCUGACCAUCCAGAGAAGAGAAAGUUUUUAUCUUCUGGGGAAGCUGGGGCCAAGAAAUUGUCCCAGCUUGGUUCAGCGCAUUUACAAUCCUAUAUGGAAGUCGAUGUGCCGCAGCUGUUGAGUCAUCUUCAAGAUCUCUCUCUUGAUCCUUUCAAUGGCUCAUCAGUUGCUUCUUUUGGAGUUGCUAGGAAAUUUUUUCUCCGCUUCCGUUCACUUAAUUACCAAAAAAGCUUGUCAGUAUCUUCCUCUGAUGCCACUGUCGAAAAUGCCAGAGACACAAAACCCUCAAAACCUAUCAAGACUCUGAAGAGAACUGAAGAGCCAUCAAAAGCUGGAAAAAAACGUCUCUCUUCUGAUCGUCAAGAUGAAAACCCAUCAGCUAAGAAGCUGAAGAAAACUAAUCAGUUGAAAUCAAUGGCUUCUGAGAAGAAGAUCAGUCGAGAAGCAAAGGAUAAUAUAAAACCAGUUAGAGAGCAAAGCAGUGCGGUACAAGCAAAAGCAGGCAGAGCUCAAACCGGGAAGAAACCGGCUCCAUCAGUUAAGGUGGUUGAGCCCACAAUGCUGGUCAUGAAAUUCCCACCUGACACAUCUCUCCCUUCAGCUGCAUUGUUAAAAGCAAGGUUUGGUCGCUUCGGGCUGUUAGAUCAGUCCGCCAUUAGGGUUUUCUGGAAAUCAUCGACCUGCCGUGUUGUCUUUCUGUACAAAGCCGAUGCACAAACUGCGUUUCGAUAUGCAACGGCAAACAAAUCUCUAUUUGGAAACGUGAACGUAAAGUACUUUCUUCGUGAUGUGGAUGCUCCUAAAGCCGAGCCUCGUGAACCAGAAAACACAAAGGAAGAUGAUGAACCACAGAGCCAGCGGCUCGACGAAGCACCGCCACUUCACCAACCAAUCUUACCACCACCAAACGUCAACCUCAAAUCCUGCUUGAAGAAACCAGUUGAUGACCCGAGCAGUAGUAGUAACAAUGGAAAUGGUAACCGGGGAAACGUAAGAGUCAAAUUCAUGUUAGGUGGUGAAGAAAACACGAGUAAAGCAACCACCGAGCCAACACCAGUCACAACAACCUCGAAUAGAAACAGUGGACCUUCUUCAUCUGUUGCUAUGGAAUUUGUUAGUAAGAAGUUUCAAAACAUUGUUCAUCAUCAACAGCUUCCUCCUUCUACAUUGCCUCCAAUUCUUCCACUCCCUCCACAAUACACAAAACCACAAGUUCCCAUUAAACCAGUGGACCAUGUGGAACCUCCGAUGCCACCAUUAGGAAACUUCCGUGGUCCGAGCCCAGCAGUUAGCGCUGGAGACAUCUCUCAACAGAUGCUAAACCUUUUGUCAAAAUGCAACGAAGUUGUGGCUAACGUCACGGGCUUAUUGGGCUACGUCCCUUACCAUCCCUUGUAACAAAACGAAGCCCGUUGAGAGAAAAUGAGUGUUUGUUUUGUUUUGGUGAUCAUAUAUUCUUAUAUUGUAUGUUAGGUAUUUAGUUUGAUUCAUGAUUCGAAAAUCAUGUAUUACAAAAUUAUAAUGGAUUUCUCUCCCUCUCCUUGUUCAA